CGAAGAGUACGAGCAGGGCGAGGCAAGAACCCCACCCCCUCCCUGCCCGCGCGUGCGCGCGCAGGCAGCGGAGCCAGGGACCGCGGCGACCCUGACCGCCCCCGCGAGCGGGACCGGCGGCAGGACUUGCGCGGUCGCCUCGGUUCGGCGUGGGCCCGGUGUGCCCACAUCUUCUCGUCCGUAUCGGCACUCUGUGACCGCCCGCUCCUCGCCCAGCACCCGCUCUGCCGAUCGGCGGCAGUGCAUCAGCCUCGGAGGAGGGAGGGCCCACUGGGCCGAGGAAGGGGGCGACGCAGCCGAGAGAGGUCGGCUACCCCCCGAGAGAGGUCGGCUACCCCCUCGUGGUGUUGGCCAGGUCCUUUCAAAAGCAGUUCAGAACUCAUUUGGAAAAAAAUAUCUCGAUCCGCACCUUCGCGUGGAAGACGCCGGCGAUGGCCCCGCGCAGGCCGCGCAUUCACUCCUGGCUGCGGGCGCGCGUGGAGCUUUCAACCGUCUCCGCGCAAUUCGCUCGCCGAUUACGUCUUUGCCCCCUCCGGGGUUGAGCACACUGCCAUUGUGGCCGUGAGCCCUACCGCGGCGACAGGCGGCCUUUUCCGAGGCUGUGGCAUCAUCGUUGCCGCCUCGGUGGACGCCGUCGUGACCCCGCGCCCGCCCGAGCCCGGGGCCCGCACCGACGUGCACGCGCGCCAGCGCUGCCUUCUCCUAGACGCGCUGGGAAGUUUCCAUCGGCAAGCGCCAUCUCGGCCGCACCGGCGGUGCCAAGCCAGCGGGGCCGCUCUGCGCGCGAGCUGGCGCGUGCCAGCGCGGCCGCAGGGACUCGCGAGCUAGUGCCAAGGACAUCCGCAAGUGUGGACAUCUUUCCGACAGUUUAAACACAUUUUUAUUCGAUGGUAUGACUGUUAGGGUGUACAUUGUCGUGGCAUCCACAAUGCUUGGAGAACCGCAUUUCCUUUUGAUUUCCGCCAAGCUUGAUACUCAAGCAGGGGACGCAUCAGCGAGGUUAGCGAUGCCCCUGAUAUUGUAUUUGGUUGCGCUGAUGACACAACCGUCUGCCUGUCUGUCAUGUCAGCCGCGCGCAGGCGCGUCACCUACGAGCUCAGCUAUGCUCCGAGUACCGCGGCAAUUGUGGAGACCAGCUCCAAGAUCGCGGCCCUGGAGAGCAGCAUUGACAUCGAGAAGCAGCUCGGCGUGCUCGACCCGUCGUGCCCCUUCUCGGACCUGCAGAGCGCCGUGACCCUGCUGCAGAAGCGGGUGUCCCUGCUGGACGACAGCAAGAAGCUCGACAGCAUCAGAACGGGUGUCGACAGGGUGUCCAGCGAUAUUGAGAAAGCGCUGAAGAAGAAGGCCCGCCUGAUCUGCGCGCCCUCCGUCUACCCAGGCUUACCUUCGCACCUGAACGGGCGCUCAAGGCUAUCGCAAGGGGAUAACCACAGAGAGAUCUCCGACUGGGCCGACGCGAGCCAGAGAGCGAAAUGCGAAUUGAGAGCCAGGGCGGCGCCCAAAGCAUGGCGAAGGACAUGGGAUGGGAUGUAACGAACGGGCAGGUGAGGGGAAGAGUGGAGAUCGCAGGCCCAGAGAUUGACACCAACACCAAUAUCGGCGGUGUGCCUCCACCGAGGGAAGAAGAUCCCGAUUUCGGUGAUGAUGGUAAUAUUCAGGCUUCAGGGUGGCCGAAAUAUUACCACCAACACCGAAAUCUAGGAUCAUCUUCCCCCUCUGGGGGCAACCCCCUGUGUUGGUGUUGGUGCCGGUCUCCAUGCCUCCAAGGAGAGAGCAGGGGAAGGGUUUGAGGAGGAGGUCGUGCGCGAGGACAAGGGGGGAGGAGGUUCAGUGGCCCCUGCCGCCGUGGGCGCGCUCCUUCUGGCGGCUGGUUUGCGGCCCCAGUCAUGAGCACCUCCUCGCACAUUCGCGUUUUCCGGGGUUGUGGAUUUCAGGGGUGGACCUAAACGUUGUUUGGGCGAUUUCGUGGGCCGUUUUCGUUUCGA